AUGGCGCUACACUCCAUGUUCGUCGGGCUGGUACUGUUUGGCUCUAGUCAUGGACUAGUGUCGAAAGACGGGACAGGCCGUCUACCCGCUAUGGGUUGGAGUAGCUGGAACGAGUAUGAAUGCGCCAUCAACGAAACCGUCUUCCUUGAUACUGGUGAGCUCCUUAUCUCUCUGGGAUUGAAAGACCUUGGUUACAAUUACGUAAACAUCGACGAUUGUUGGAGCGAUAAAGCAUACCAGCGCGAUAAUGUGACGGGGAAGAUUCGUCCAGAUUACAUCAAGUUUCCAAACGGCAUCAAACAUACAGCAGACCAGAUCCACAAGCUUGGACUGAAACUUGGAAUCUAUGGCGAUGCGGGAGACAAAACAUGUGGUGGAUAUGCUGGUUCUCUAGGACACGAACAAGUAGAUGCAAAGACCUUUGCUGACUGGGGAAUCGACUAUCUCAAAUAUGACAAUUGCGCCGUACCCGAUGAAUGGGACGAUGAGUAUCGAUGGUGGCCAGAGAACUGGCUGGGAGGCCCCCCAGCUGAGGACCAAACCGCUGGCGGUGAUGGAGAGGCGAGACCCGUUGCAGCGCCCGCGGGCUACGACUGGAUGACAUCCAAGAGCUUCGCGCGUUACAAGAUCAUGAGCGAUGCUCUACUCGCCACGAACCGCACGAUCGAAUACUCACAGUGUGCCUGGGGCCAUGCCCACAUCGAGGAGUGGGGUAAUAGUACCGGGCAUAGUUGGAGAAUGUGGGGUGACAUCUACCCUGAGUGGUAUGACAAACACCAAGCAUCCUUCUAUAACAACGAUACCAACUUCUGGGGACAUGGCGACUGGGACAUGCUCGAGGUGGGCAAUGGAAACCUUACGAUUCAAGAGAGCCGCUCCCAUUUUGCUCUCUGGGCUGCUCUCAAGUCGCCUCUAAUCAUCGGUACCCCACUUCAUGGCAUUAAACCGGAGAUCUUGGAGAUUUUGAGUAACAAGGAGCUCAUCGGUUUCAACCAAGAUCCAGUCGUUGGUGCAGCAGCCAGGCCCUACAAAUGGGGUGUCAACGCAGACUUCACUUGGAAUCAGACCCAUCCGGCUGAGUAUUGGAGUGGAUUAUCUUCCAAAGGGGUACAUGUCUUCGCGUUGAACACACUGAACACAACUCAAACUAAGGUUAUCGAUUUCGCGGAGGUACCAGAGUUGGAAGCUGACGGUGAAUACACCAUCUUUGACUCGUGGACUGGAGAAGAGCAGGGAAACUUCAAAGGGCAGUACGAGGCCGUUGUUGAACGACAUGACACUAUGGCCAUCAGACUGGUUAGAACGGACGGGUCUAGUUUUGUCACGUCGCACCAGCAACUGUGA